CCACCGGUGGGAAGCACGCGCAGGAAUCUGACGCUGACAUCCAAACUUUGGCUGUAGGAGCGGUGGACGAGCGACGGCAGGGCGGACACCACCGGUCGAUUUUAACCGGACAGCGGACGCAGUUUUGACGGACAAUGUGAGCCCCGAUGAUGAGGAUUAUUCGCACACCACAGUCUCUCUCUGUCGGUGACUGAGUCCCACGCACAGCCCCGCAGCGAGAACCCCAAACUGCAGCUGCCGCGGACGGAGCUCAAGCGAGACGCUCCUUGGUUGGAAGUGGAGCUUCGGGCUCGUUUAUUUCCCGCAACUCUGCGUUUUUACGAGCCUGUGAAAUGUUGCCCGGUGGAUUAUUGAAAGUAUCACUUGUUCUACCACAGUCGCUGGUUCACAGUUGUGUGCUUUAAUACUUGGGCACGGAGGGAGUGGACACCGCCCGGACCCGUUUCCAACAUUUUACCGGGGAUUUUUCCUGUGUGUGUGUGUGUGUGUGUGUCUGUGACAGAGAGAGAGAGUCUGUGAAGACGGAACACCGGCGUCCGAGGCGCAGGAUUCCCGGGCAUCAUCACCAGGAUGUCAGUGGCUUUUAUCCGUUUAAUAGGCCCCAUGUACCUGCAGAGAUAAGCUGCUGCACCAUUACGCGGAUGCGUGGAUACCUGACGGGCUCAUCUCCACCUCCACGAGUCUCUGUGUCUCUGCGUGUAGUUUCUUUUUUUUUGUUUGUGAAGGACAAAUAGUGAGCUGCGUGCGUGUGGAUUCCCACUGGAUCGUCACCGGGAUUAAAGCGGUUUCACCUCCUGCUGACACUUUUCUGUCUCUCUGAGGAAUUGUGCAUGAACGAAACGGAAAAUUAAUGGAUGACAGGACUCGUUAACGCGCCUGUGCGUUUUUGGAGUAACGUGACUCGAGCUUUGGAAGCGGGUUUUUUGGACCCCCUGCCUCCACACCCCCACCCACCCCCCUCCCUCUUCACCUUCUUCUUUCAGGAUCUAUAUGUCCACCUGAGAGCUUCACGCCGGCUCCUGGAUUCCCGGGUCAUUCUUUCACUUUCCGACGGCUGUUCCGGUAAAAAGAAAUCUGCUCUCGCCGCUGUCCGGUCCAGAAAAUUAUCAUCUUUCUCCGUCUCUCUCCUCUCGCCCUCUCGUCGUGUGUGGAUGAGGAAGGAUUUGCGCGAGUUGGGAGAAGCUGUGGUGCAUCAUCAUCAUCGUCCUCAUCAUCACCUACUUUAACAAGCUGCGAAUUUGGAGAUAGAUGAAGGUCUCAGGAAGGAUUGACCUGGCAACCAGAUGACAGAGAAGGUAGGAGGGUGUCCUUGUUAGCUUGUCAUUCUCUUGUAACCCCGAGGCCACUGAUGUGACUGGAAUCUGAAUCCACCACUUGAAGCAGCAGCCGACUCUACCUGAGGACUUCCUGAUUCCCCAGAAACGGAGACAGGCCCGGCAGACGCUGACAGACGGCUGACUUUGCCUCUGAGCAACUGAGCAACUGUUGGGGACUUAGAUGAUGUGCUUCUGUGAAAAGAGGAUGCUGCCCUCUCCCUUUUAAAAAGAUCAAUCUGUUGCCACGCCACAACUGGACUUCACUCUGAUUGGCCCCCCUUCAUAAAGAAACACUCAGCCCCGCCCACAUCAGCAGGAGACCAUGGACAUCUGCCCUCUUCACCUCCUUCUUCUCCUCUUCAUCAUCCUUCUGUCCAGCCUCCCCCCCUGCCUCUCGUCCUCAAUGCUGUGCCCGAAGCGGUGCACCUGCCAGAACCUGCUGCCGUCCUACACGGUGCUGUGCGCUAAGACGGGCCUUCUCUUCGUCCCGCCCAACAUUGACCGCCAGACGGCCGAGCUCAGGCUCAUGGACAACUUCAUCACAACGCUGAGGCACCGCGACUUCGCCAACAUGACCAGCCUGAUCCACCUGACACUGAGCAGAAACACCAUCAGUCAGAUCCGGCCGUACGCCUUCGCUGACCUCCAGGACCUCCACGCACUGCACCUGGACGCUAACCGCCUCACCACCCUGGAUGACUCCCACUUCCAGGGGCUGGUGAACCUGCGGCACCUCAUCCUUGCCAACAACCAGCUGCACAGCAUUUCAGAAGGAGCCUUCCAGGAUUUCCUGGAGACCCUGGAGGACUUGGAUCUGAGCUACAACAACCUGGUAGACAUUCCCUGGGAGACCAUCGCUCUGCUGAUCAGCGUUAACACACUGAGUCUGGACCACAACCUGAUUGAGAGCGUCCCCGAGGGAAUCUUCUCUAACUUGCACAAACUGGCGAGACUGGACAUGACAUCAAACAAACUGAAAAAGAUCCCUCCCGACCCGCUGUUUCUGCGGAUCCCGGUCUACGCCAAGAUGAAAGGUUCUCCUCUCACGGCGCUGGUGCUGAGUUUCGGCGGGAACCCUCUGCAUUGUAACUGCGAGCUGGUGUGGCUUCGCCGACUGACCAGGGAGGACGACCUGGAGACCUGCGCGUCGCCCAAAGACCUGGCUGGAAAAUACUUCUGGACCAUCAAAGAGGAGGAGUUUGUUUGUGAGCCUCCAAUGAUCACCCGCCACACCUCCAAGAUGUUUGUGAUGGAGGGUCAGGAGGUCAGCCUGCGGUGCAAGUCCAUCGGCGACCCCGAGCCGUCGACACACUGGGUCAGCCCUGACGGGAAGCUGAUCGGAAACACGUCCAGAACCAUUUGCUACGAGAACGGAUCACUGGACAUCCUGAAGGCAUCCGUGAAGGACUCUGGAACGUUCACUUGCAUAGCGUCUAAUGCUGCUGGGGAGGCCACCACUCCUGUUGAGUUGGUUGUCAACCCUUCGCCACACUAUGACCCCAAACUCGACCUAGAUCCGGGUCCUUCGGACAUCCCCACCUCCAUUAAGUCCAAUGUCAGUGGAGGCCAGGCGCGGUCGGACCAGCAGAGGGUCAGCGUGUCGGAUCUCACGUCCAGCUCCGCCACUAUAAGAUGGCCGCCGCAGAACCACAUACCGGGGGUCCGCAUGUACCAGAUCCAGUACAACAGCUCCACAGACGAGAUUCUCAUAUACAGGAUGAUCCCAGCCAAUCACAAGUACUUCCUGCUGAGUGACUUGGCGUCAUCGCGGGACUACGAGCUGUGCGUUUUGGCCGUGUACGACGACGGGAUCACGGCACUGACGGGCACCAAGCUGGUGGGCUGCGUGUCCUUCACCACUGAGACAGAAUAUGGACGCUGUCACUCCAUACGAGACCAGUUCCUGGGCGGUACAAUGAUCAUCAUCAUCGGCGGAAUCAUUGUGGCGUCUGUCCUCGUCUUCAUCUUCAUCCUGCUGAUGAAGUACAAGCUGCACAGUAACCACUACAAACAGAAAGCCGCUGCACGCCACGCCAACGUCUGCUCCCAGACCAAUGGAGGAGGAGGAGGAGGAGGAGGAGGGGCCAACAUCCUCGCUCUGCCUCCGUCCUCCUCUGCAGUGCAAGGCGGAGGAGCAAAUAAAAACUCCCAGCCUUCUUCAUCAGCAGACGGCGCGGGCGGGGCUUCUCUCCGUGGAACGACUGUAGUGGACUUAAACCCCACCCACGAAGAUGACGCCAUCUCCCAAUAACACAUGAGAAAACUGUCAAUCAAGCCCACAACCCGCCAACUGUUAAAGCCCACACCAAUACGCCACCUCCCUCCCCCCCUUUUUGUUUUUGAUUUUCUUUUACUGGUGCCUGGAGCCAAACUCCACACGAUGCUGAGGAGCGGCUCCUGUCAUUGAUUUUCUUACAUUCAGCUUCACAGCAGUGGAGGGAGAAGAGGUGUCCAGACGGGAGGUACGGUCACAUCUUGUGUCGUGCACUCGCUCAUGACAUGCUCUGCCCUUUGAUGCCACCUCACGCUGGAACCAGAGGGGAUGUGAUGUGAUGUGAUGUGAUGUGAAAACCCGGUAACAGCCAGAGGAUGGUAGACAGCUGACCUGUGUGACUUGUGAGCUGACCUGUAAGACGUGCAUCAGUCUCCACACCGCCAGGAUCAGACACGUCGGAUAGAGGUCAAGCUUUGUGUUGAGAACCCUGUCUGUGUUUGGUACGUUUCUGGGACUCCAAACCUUGGACCUGAGGAACGCGGUCUGUAACCUCUUUGCUGAAGGAAGUAUGUGGUGAUCUCAAAAAGGUGACACAAGCGGACACAAAAUGCUGCUGUGGGAAUGAACUGAAUGGAUCACUAUGGAUUUGGGAAGUUCUUCGUGGGUGUUGUUCUUUUUGCACUGGUUGGUGGCACUGCUCUUCUCUUUCCAACAGCAUACAGUCAUAUGCCAAAGGAUUACUGCAGUAUUAUGACAGCAUUAUUGCAAUAUCGGGAGAAUAUAGAGACUUCCCAAAAGCACACCUCUCUGUUAUCUCUUAGCAGGUGAAGAGAAAACCCAUGUUGGGCCUUGGAUUGAAAUUAUGAGCACACUGUCAGCGUCAUGUCUCAAAGCAUCAGUAAUAACAAACUGUCAAAUUAAACGGUGAACUUCUGGCACUUUAAUUGUAUGUUUUCAUUCCACUUCUCUUCCCCUUCGUUCACUCUUUCUCUCUCACUCUUUCUAUCUCAUUUUCUCAUUGAAAAAAUGAAUAGUAUACUCUCCAGUAUUUCCAGUCUAACUCUUACGGCUGCAGAUGGCCUAGAUAAUGUUGAAAUAAUCAGUGUGUUUGCAUCCACAGUGGACUGGUUUUCUCUGUGUUGGAGUAUCAAAAAAAAUCUUGCUGUCCCGAGAAUGGAUCCUUGAGGAACUCCUGCAAGGAUUUGCUCGCAGCCAGUCAUAAAGCACACAAGUAUGAUUUGGAGGUGAAAAUUGUGAAUUCUGAUAUCCUUGUUUGACGCUGGAAAGCAAAUGUACACGUACAAAACACUGGCGAACUUCACCGUAAGUGACCCUCCUGCUACAUGCUGGCACUCGAUUGUUAAAUGUAUUAAGCGGUUGUAAAAUAUGGCCAGCAGGACUUGUGCUGCCCCAUCCCCUCUCUCCCUCUUUGCUGUUUGACAGUGUCUGUGUUUGUAUGUGACACACACGUUACAGUCAUCAAUGGUUUGAUACCCAUGAUUUACUUUGAAUAUAAAGGAACAAAGACAAGAAUAAGGAGAAACACAACAACCUGUGAACUGGGGAUUUUAUGCUUUCAUAGAUACAAUUAUGUGGAUUUAUAAAGAAAUAAAAAGGUAUUUUUCUUGGAAA